GUCCUGGCCACAGUCACUGGAGCUAUGAAGAACGGGAGCACUGGGGUGUGGACUACCCAGACUGCGCGGGCAAUGGGCAGUCACCCAUCAACAUCGACACGGCCAAGACCACCUUCAGCCCCCAGCUGCGGCCGAUCCAGCUCUCUGGCUACAGCCUGCCUGCCAAUGAGAAGCUCAGGCUGAGGAACAAUGGGCACACAGUUCAGCUUGACCUGCCCGAGUCCCUGGCCAUCACUGGCGGCUAUACCCAGCAGUACCGAGCCGUGCAACUGCACCUGCACUGGGGCUCCCUGUCGGGACCCGGCUCGGAGCACACUGUCAACGGGCGCCGCUUCGCUGCUGAGAUCCACGUGGUCCACUAUAACACCAAGUAUGACAGCUUUAAGGAGGCAAUGGUCCAUCCAGAUGGCCUGGCUGUACUGGGAGCCUUCCUGGAGGUUGGGCCAAGGGAGAACCCAUACUAUCAGGAGAUACUUGAGCAUCUCUACAAAAUCCAAAGCGAAGGCGAGGAAGUCUUGGUGCCUGGAUUCAACAUUGCAGGUCUGCUGCCUGCCAACCUGAAACUCUACUUCCAGUACAACGGCUCUCUGACUACUCCUCCCUGCUACCAGACUGUGAAGUGGACAGUCUUCAACCAGACCAUGCUGCUUUCCCACAGCCAGAUGUCAGUGCUGGUGAUGACCCUGAGAAGCGAUGACAGCCAACCUCUGCAGAACAACUACCGGCCGGUGCAGAACCUGCACGGGCGACGGGUGCUGGCGAGUUUCCAGACCACCCUCUUUUCAGCAAAGCAGAUGCCUUCUG